GCUGAGGUGGCCAUGAGAAUUGUUCUCCUGCUGUUCUGGGUUGGAAUGUCUCUGUUCCCUUCCAGCUUCUCCCAGGCUGGGCCCUCCCAAUGCCUCAGCCACCCAGAAGUUGUGGUCCCCUUAAAGGUGACUGGCAAGGGCAGAAGUGCAAAAACUCCAGGCUGGCUCUCCUACAGCCUACAGUUUGGGGGCUGGAGACAUGUUGUCCAUAUGAAGAUCAAGAAGCUCUUGGUUUCCAGACACUUCCCGGUAUUCACAUACACAGAUCAGCGUGCUCUUCUCCAGGAUGAGCCUUUUGUUCCCGACGACUGCUACUAUCAUGGUUAUGUGGAAGGAGUCCCUGAGUCCCUGGUUUCCCUCAGUACCUGUUCUGGAGGUUUUCGAGGAAUGCUGCAGAUAAAUGACCUUGCUUAUGAAAUUGAGCCCAUCAGGCACUCUACCACAUUUGAACACUUGGUUUAUGAGAUAAACACUAAUGAGACACAAUUCCCACCUAUGAGAUGUGGCUUAACAAUGAAGGAAAUUGCACUCCAACAGUUGAGAUUUGAAGAGGCUAACAAACCAACUCUGAAGCAAAAUUCUAAUGAUAAAUGGUGGACCCACUCAUGGUUUCUGGAGCUGAUUGUGGUGGUAGAGAGCAAUUUCUUAGUUUAUUCUCAAAGCAACUUCUCAAAGGUACAGGAGGAUGUGUUUCUUGUUGUCAACAUAGUAGAUUCCAUUUAUGAGCAGUUGGGUACUUAUGUGAUUUUGAUUGGGAUUGAGAUUUGGAAUCAAGGAAAUGUUUUCCAAAUGAUAAGCAUAGAACAGGUUCUGAAGGAUUUCUCUCAGUGGAAACAAAUCAGUCUUUCCCGGCUACAGUAUGAUGUUGCACAUUUUUUCAUAAAAAAUUCACUUAUAAGUGUACUUGGUAUAGCCUAUGUUGCAGGAAUAUGUCAUCCUCCUAUUGAUUGUGGGGUUAACAAUUUCCAAGGAGACUCGUGGUCUCUUUUUGCCCUCACUGUCGCCCAUGAAUUAGGACAUACUUUGGGUAUGCAGCAUGAUGAAGAAUUCUGUUUGUGUGAGCAAAGUGGCUGCAUCAUGAAUGCUACCAGAGUUCCAGCAAGGAAAUUCACCAAUUGUAGUUACACAGAUUUUACAAAGACCACUUUAAACCAGGGAUCAUGUCUACACAAUAUUCCACAUCCAGGGGAAGUCUUUAUGCUUAAGCGCUGUGGGAAUGGUGUGGUUGAAGGAGAAGAGGAAUGUGACUGUGGAUCUAUAAAGCAGUGUCAACAGGAUCCCUGUUGUCUGUUGAGCUGCACUCUGAGGCCUGGGGCUGCUUGUGCUUUUGGGCUUUGUUGCAAAGACUGUAAGUUCAUGCCAUCAGGGAAACUCUGUAGACAUCAGGUCAAUAAAUGUGACCUUCCAGAGUGGUGCAAUGGGACAUCCCAUCAGUGCCCCGAAGAUGCAUAUGUGCAGGACGGGGUUCCCUGUGGUGACAAUGCCUACUGCUAUAGAGGGAGGUGUAACAACCAUGAAGAACAAUGCAGGGAGAUUUUUGGUGAAGGUGCAAAGGGUGCAUCUCAGAGUUGCUACAAAGAAAUCAACACUCUGGGAAACCGUUUUGGCCACUGUGGUAUAAAUGGCACGACAUACCUAAAAUGUAAUACCUCAGAUAUCUUUUGUGGCAGAGUUCAAUGUGAGAAUGUGAGGGUUAUUCCCCAUCUGAGAGAUCACUCUAAUUUGCAGCAAACUCACAUCAAUGGUGUCAUCUGCUGGAGUGUUGACUAUCAUGUAGGAAUGGACACACCUGAUGUUGGGGAAGUAAAAGAUGGCACCAUGUGUGGUCCAGGAAAGAUCUGCAUUCACAAGAAGUGUGUCAGUCUGUCUCUCUUAUCACAAGUCUGCCUGGCUGAGACCUGCAACAUGAAGGGGAUCUGCAAUAAUAAACAUCACUGCCACUGUGACUAUGGGUGGUCCCCACCGUACUGCCUGCACAGAGGCUAUGGAGGUAGUGUUGACAGUGGCCCAGCAUCUGCCAAAAAAGUUUUCUUGCUGCUAGUUGUGAGUCUUACUUUGUCUGUUUUGUUUUUACUGUCAACUGUUGUAUUUAUGUACUUUAGAAAACAUUUUGGUCCCAAGGAGACUAAGGCACCAUCUUCAGGUUAG